CUGUGUGAAUUCCACUCAGGAAAGAAGAAGAAGAAGAAGUCCUUCCACACACUUCUCUUCAUUCAACAAACGUUUUUUGUGUAUUUGGCGUGUACAUACAUUGGCUGUUUGUAUCAAAAUGGCAAUGGUUUUCUGUUGCGAGUAAAAACGUUCGACGUCUCGGACGACCUUCCAAAGUUUAGCUCUUAAAGAAGGAACGAUCCCGUAGUGUUUUCUCGAACCAAAUGUAUAUCCGUUGCUAGUGCAGUUCGCUCCGUUCGAUAUCGCUGCAGUGUUUUGGGAAGGUCCUUCUGUCUUUUUUUGUUUGGUUAGCAUUGCGUUGGAAAAUAGUCAGUUCAAAGGUCGAAAAUCUGUGCUUCCGCAGCAUUAUUGCACCACUAAAUGUGAUUCGACGAAAACGAUAUGUCCAUCGGUACGGAAUCACCCGUACUUCCAGUGGGGCAAUUUCGAUGAUUAACUAUUUGCCAAUACAGUUGGGGCGGAAUGGAUCGAUUGGAAAGUGAAAUGUUUUAAUGAAGCCGCAGCAGGAUUUGGUAUCGUCCAAACAAAAACAACAACAAUUGUAAAAACACUUUCGCUACUCGCAUAGUUGCUAAAGAAGUAGGCCGAAACGGUUGUGCGGUGUGAAAAGAUUUAGAACAAUUUGUACAAAACAAACCUACUCGAUCAGUCGCAAAGCACUGAGCACGGCAAACAAUCUCCAGAGGCCAUGAAAGUGAUGUUCACAGAUUGUGUUUGAGUUUUAACGCAAGCCAAUGCUUUCUUGAUCGAAAAAACACUUCAUCGUCCUACUGCGGUGCAUAAGUAGUUCCGUAAAGAAACAACAGUGUGUAUCCUUUGUCCAAGGACGCUACCAGCUACCCAACGGGAACAAGACAUCCGGUAUUUGAUAAAUGGAGCACCGAGCGGAUGAAGGUAGCUGGAAGAACCGUAGCAGAGAAGCAUACUGAUACAAAGAAUUACACAAUGGUGCACAGUGGUGCGUUAGUUUCGCACUAUCUGCUGCGACCAUUAUCUUCUGCUGCCGCUGUCGUCGCUGCUGCACCCGUUGCAACCGUACUGGACCAUAGUAGCAGCAGUUCAUCGAAACCGUUACCACGGUUACCAUCUUUAAGAUCGUUCGUGUAUCUACCGUCUCCGUCAAUCGUACCAAAGCCUUCUAAGCCAGUAGUGCUUGCGUCCUCGUUGCUAUCAUCGUCGUGUUUGUCAUCAAACAUUUUGCAGCAUCAACAGAGCUCUACGUCAAUUUUAAACGUCUUGCAAGAAAAGUUGCCGAAUAGGAAUAGCGGGGAAGAAGCCACCCGUAAGAAGGGUAGACUCGUUUACGAAGCCCACAGUCCCUAUCGAUCAGCCACAGUACGGGAGGUUUCGCCACCAUCGAAGCUCGAUUGCAGGCCGCUAAAGUGUCUCGCCACCGAUGCACUAGGCCUAAGUGCUAUCUGAAGCUUCGUAAAAGGUAGUUUAGGAUAUAUGUACUAGAACUGCUGAGCGCUCUAGCCUGUCCUAAUCACGGGUGAGUUUACCUAUUCCAACAGUGCGUGUCGAUUUGACGCCAAGAACUCAGCAUAGCAUCUUUUAUCGCGGUGCAUUGUCCUUUCCCAGCCAUUCUCAUUCCCAUCGUGCUAACCACCAUUUAAUGUAUGUAUCAUAAUUUUAGGCAGCACAUUCAGUUACAUACGCGUCACAUUGUUCCAUAAAGAGUAGGAACCGAAAACAGGAAAGAAUCUGCUGAAGAGAUAGUAUUGCCCUACACGUAUCAUCCGGCAAAACCACACUCAGGAGUCGGCUCUCAUCAUCGUUUUGAAGUAAUCGGAGAUUGAACGAAUUUACCGAUCGUCCUCUACGAGCAACAGCGAUGAUGUACUAUGGCAAAGAUAGCAGUGGCGGUGGUAUCUCGGAGUUGGACACGAUAGCGAAUGUGAUCGGUUUGAGGGGGGUCGGUACGUCAUCGCUGCGUACCUUCGUUGAGAUGUGGUACCACAUCUUUCUGUGGGCACUAUUCUCGUCCAUCUUCGUGCACACGUGUGCCGCCGUCAUAGCUUUUGUGACGCUGCGAAAGCACAAGUUCGGGCGCUUCUUUUCUAUCUUCAUAUUCGUAAUGGGUGUCCUUUCGCCGGCGACCGGUGGUGUCGUCAGCAGUACCGUCAUUGCCUUUGUACACAGAGCCUCCAAUUUUCAGAUGUCACCGAUCGCGGCCAUGAUCUGGGGUGUCGGGCAGACCAUCGUGUCCGCCUGCUUCGGGUUUACGCGCAUUUUGGCCACUUUGUAAGGGACCGCCCGCCAUCAACCUGCUGGCCAACCUGCCUGUCCAUUUCUUUCAACAAGCUGUUUUCUGUCUUUACUUCUCUUCAGACAUACUCAUGUACGUCUUCUCUGUUUAAUUAACUUCUGCCUCAAUAGUGCAGAGGAUCCUAUUGGAAGACUGGUAUUUUGCUGAUACCCGUGUUGGUAUGAUUGUGAUAUUGAGAGUGCGUGUUAGGGAACAUUCGCCAUAAAGAGGGAAGGCUCAUACAUUUCGUUUUUGGUUGGUAGAGUGCCGGUGGUGGCGGUCGAAAUCAAAAUUCCAAGUAAAACGGAAGCACCAACGGCUUUCGAUCGUUAGCUGUGUAAUAGAAGAAAUUGCAACACAUUCAUUGUAGAAAAGAAAGCAAACAAAAAAACACUGUAGUAAAAACAAACGAUACACAUCACAACACAUCACAGGAAAGAGAAUCGCGAAGGUGUGUAAUCAAAGCAUUUGAACCACGCUGAGCUUAGGAUAAUUAACACGGAACACAAAAAAACACUCAACACGGACAAGACUUUUGCC